AUGACUAUUGAAAAAGUGCCUAUAUUGGGCAAAGAGUCAAUCCAUAUUGGAUAUGGAAUUCAACCACAUAUAGUAUCAGAAACAAUAACCAACCUAGCAUCAUCUACUUAUGUCAUUGUCACUGAUAAAAAUAUGGCAAAGACCCAUACUUUCCAAAAAUUAGUAUCAGAUUUUGAAUUAUCACUAACUAAAAUAAGACCAGAAUCUAGAUUAUUAACAUAUUUUGUAUCACCAGGUGAAAAUAAUAAAAAUAGAGAAACUAAAGCACAAGUUGAAGAUUUUCUUUUAAUUAAUGGAUGUACAAGAGAUACUGUAAUUUUAGCAGUUGGUGGAGGAGUUAUUGGAGAUAUGAUUGGAUUUGUAGCAGCAACAUUUAUGAGAGGUGUUAGAGUAGUUCAAGUUCCAACAAGUUUAUUAGCAAUGGUUGAUUCAUCAGUAGGUGGGAAAACAGCAAUUGAUACACCAUUGGGUAAAAAUUUCAUUGGAGCUUUUCAUCAACCAGAAUAUGUAUUUUGUGAUGUUUCAUUUUUAACAACAUUACCAUCAAGACAAUUAAUUAAUGGUAUGGCAGAAGUUAUUAAAACUGCAGCUAUAUGGAAUGAAGAAGAAUUCACAAGAUUAGAAAAAUUUUCAAAACAAUUUAUAGAUGAAAUUAGUUCAUCAAAUCCAAAUUUAGAAAAUAUUAAAGAAGACUUAAUUAAAACAGUUACUGAAUCUAUUAAAGUUAAAGCAGGAGUUGUAUCAGCAGAUGAAAAAGAAGGAGGAUUAAGAAAUUUAUUGAAUUUUGGUCAUACAAUAGGACAUGCAAUUGAAGCUAUACUAACUCCAGAAGCAUUACAUGGAGAAUGUGUAUCAAUUGGUAUGAUUAAAGAAGCAGAAUUAUCAAGAUAUUUAGGAAUUCUACCUCCAGUUGCUGUUGCAAGAUUACUGAAAUGUUUAACUGCUUAUAAAUUACCAGUAUCAGUUGAAGAAAAACAAUUUUCCAAAAUCAUUGGUGGUAAAAAAAAUAAUUUAUUAAUUGAUCUGUUAAUUAAAAAAAUGUUAAUUGAUAAAAAAAAUGAUGGAAGUAAAAUAAAAUGUGUUUUAUUAGAAAGAAUAGGUAAAUGUUAUCAAGAAAAAGCUCAUCAAAUUUUUAAAGAAGAUAUACAAUUUGUAAUGACAGAUGAAGUUUUGGUAAGUCCUUUUAAAAAUUUCCCGAAACAUGUUACAAUAUCUCCACCAGGUUCAAAAUCUAUAUCAAAUAGAGCAUUAAUAUUAGCUGCUUUAGGUAAUGGUACAGUUAAAAUUAAAAAUUUAUUACAUUCUGAUGAUACAAAACAUAUGUUAGAUGCAUUAACAAUUUUGAAAGCUGCAACUAUUACUUUUGAAGAUAAUGGAGAAACCGUAGUUGUUAAAGGAAAUGGAGGAAACUUACAAACUCCUGAUGAGGAGUUAUAUUUAGGAAAUGCUGGAACUGCAUCAAGAUUUUUAACAGCUGUUUCAUGUUUAGUUAACAAAGGUUCUGUUAUUUCAACUGGUAAUUCAAGAAUGCAAGAAAGACCAAUAGGACCUUUAGUAGAUGCUUUAGUUUCAAAUGGAUCAGAUAUAAAAUAUUUAAACAAUCAAGGAUCAUUACCACUAGAAAUAAAUACAGAUAAUAAAUUUAAAGGUGGUAAAAUUGAGUUAUCUGCAACAAUUUCAUCUCAAUAUGUAUCUGCAAUUUUAAUGUGUGCUCCAUAUGCUGAAAACCCAGUAACUUUAUCAUUAGUUGGAGGUAAACCAAUUUCUCAAUUAUAUAUUGAUAUGACUAUUGAAAUGAUGAAACAAUUUGGUAUUGAAGUUAAAAAAUCUGAAAAUUAUACAUAUCAUAUACCAAAAGCUACUUAUAAAAAUCCUGAAGUUUACGUGGUGGAGUCAGAUGCAUCAUCAGCUACUUAUCCAUUAGCAUUUGCUGCUUUAACUGGUUCAUCAUGUACUAUACCAAAUAUUGGAUCUUCAUCAUUACAAGGAGAUGCAAGAUUUGCAGUUGAUGUUUUGAAACCAAUGGGAUGUAAAGUUGAACAAACAGCAACAUCAACUACAGUUACUGGUCCAGAUGAAUUGAAAGCUUUGGAAAGUAUUGAUAUGGAACCAAUGACAGAUGCAUUUUUAACUGCAUCAGUAGUUGCAGCAGUAUCAAAAGGUACUACAACAAUUACAGGAAUUGCAAAUCAAAGAGUUAAAGAAUGUAAUAGAAUUAAAGCAAUGGUUGAUGAAUUAAAAAAAUUUGGUGUAAAUUCACAUGAAAUAUCAGAUGGAAUAGUUAUUGAAGGUACAACAAAUUUAAAAACUCCAGAAUUUAUUAAUUCUUAUGAUGAUCAUAGAGUUGCUAUGUCAUUUUCAUUAUUAGCUGGAUUAUGUAAAGAACCUGUAUUGAUUUUAGAGAGGUCUACAACUGGUAAAACUUGGCCAGGUUGGUGGGAUGUAUUACAUUCAAAUUUUGGAAUCAAACUUGAAGGUCAUGAAACUAAAACUACCACAAAAAAAUCAAAUGAUAAAAGUAUUAUUGUAAUUGGAAUGAGAGCAGCAGGUAAAACUACAUUAUCCAAAUGGAUUUCUGAAUUACUUAAUUUUAAAUUCAUUGAUUUAGAUGAAUUUCUUGAAACAAAAUUAAAAAUUGAUAUAAAAUCAUUAAUUAAAGAAAAAGGUUGGGAAUAUUUUAGAGAACAAGAAGUUAAAAUAGCAGAAGAAGUAAUUUCCAAAUAUCCAACAAAUUAUGUUAUAUCAAGUGGUGGAGGAUUAGUUGAAAGUGAAAAAGCAAGAAUUUUAUUAAAAAAUUAUUCAGGUAUUGUAUUACAUUUACAUCGUGAUUUAGAUGAAACUGUUACAUUUUUAAAUUCAGAUGCAACAAGACCAGCAUAUACUUCAGAAGUUAAAGAAGUUUGGAAUAGAAGAGAAAAAUGGUAUAAUGAAUGUUCAAAUUAUUAUUUUUAUUCACCACAUUGUGAGACUAAAAGAGACUUUGGAAUUCUUAAGAGUACAUUUUUAAAAUUUGUCUCAAAAAUUACUGGCGUUGAAGAAUAUCAAAUUCCUAAAACACGUUCUUCAUUUAUAACUUUAACAGCUCCAAAUUUAAAAGAUAUUGUUGAUACAUUACAAAAUAUUACAGUAGGAGCAAAUGCUAUUGAAUAUAGAGUUGAUUUAAUUGCUGAAAACACAAAUACUUCAUUUAUUGCAGAACAAAUUGGAUUAUUAAGAAAAACAAUAGAUUUACCAAUAGUUUAUACAAUAAGAACAGAAUCUCAAGGUGGAAAAUUCCCAAAUGAUGAUUUAAAAAAUUUAAAAAAAUUAUUAUUAUUUGGUAUUAAAAUUGGUGUUGAUAUAAUGGAUAUUGAAUUAAUUACACCAUAUGAAAUAAUUGAAGAAAUUUUGGAAAAGAAAGGUUCUACAAAAAUAAUUGCAUCACAUCAUGAUUUUUCUGGUAAAUAUAAAUUUAAUAAUAUUGAAUGGGAAGAAAAAUAUAAUCAAGCACUUUCAAUAAAUGCAGAUAUUAUAAAAUUAGUUGGAAAAGCAAAUGAAUUUAAUGAUAAUUUAUUAUUAGAAACAUUUAGACAAACACAUAUUGAAAAACCAAUUAUUGCAAUAAAUAUGGGUCCAAAAGGUAAAUUAUCAAGAAUAUUAAAUAAAACUUUAACACCAAUAACUCAUGAAUUAAUUAAAGAUAAACCUAUUGGAGUUGGUCAAUUAAGUUUAAAAGAAAUUAAUGAAGCAUAUUAUCAAAUUGGAGGAUUUACUGAUAAAAAAUUUUGGGUAGUUGGAGAACCAAUUGAACAUUCAAAAUCACCAGCAUUACAUAAUUCAGGAUAUAAAUCAUUAAAUUUACCAUACAAGUUUAAUAAAUUUGAAACUUCAAAUGCUGAAAAAGUUUAUAAAGAGUUAAUGUUAGAUUCUAAUUUUGGAGGAUUAGCAAUUACAAUUCCAUUAAAAUUAGAUAUGAUAAAAUAUAUUACAGAAAUAACAGAAUCUGGUAAAUUAAUUGGAGCAAUAAAUACAAUUAUACCAAUAGAAAACGGAUUUUUAGGUGAUAAUACUGAUUGGGUAGGUAUAUCAGAAUCAUUUAAACAAGCUGGAUAUACAAAGACAUCAAAUAUUAAUGGAUUAGUAGUUGGUGGAGGUGGUACAUCAAGAGCAGCAAUAUAUGCGUUACAUCAAUUAGGAUGUAAAAAAAUAUAUUUAUUAAAUCGUACUAUUUCAAAAUUACAAGAUUUAAUUGAUAAUUUUCCAAAAGAAUAUAAUUUAGAAAUAAUAGAUUAUGAGAAUAAAGAUCAAAAAAUUGAUUCUAUAUCACUAAUUGUUUCAUGUAUACCAGCAGAUAAACCAUUAGAUGAAAAUUUAUUACAUAAAUUAGAAUCAAUAUUAGAAACAAACAAAGAUAAUGAUACAAAAUUAUUAUUAGAAGCUGCUUAUAAACCAAGAAUUACACCAAUAAUGUCAAUUGCAAAAGAUAAAUAUAAUUGGAAUGUUAUACCAGGUGUAGAAAUGUUAAUAAAUCAAGGUUAUGAACAAUUUAAAAUUCAUACUUCAUUUAUUCCUCCAUAUGAAGUUAUAAGAAAUGCAGUAUUAGAAGAAUAA